UUAAUUAUUAAUAGUUACCUAAGUAUUAAGCAGCAAAAUUUAAAUGGUUAGAACUAAUUAACGUAGUUAAGCUCUCGAAGAAAUCUGCCCAAUACUCGAACAUGAGUCGUAUUCGGUGGCGCCUCAAAGAAUUUCCCGUGAAAUUAAUCAAUUGUAUUCGAUUUCGAUACCAGUAUUCCAUACAAUGCAUCCGAUCACUAACAUACAACCAUCAUAUGAGUCAAUCGUAUGCCUCAGAUGUCUGCUUGGAACCGAUUUUCUGGUUUGUUGAUAAUUUCACUCAUCUGCUCGGUCCGUUUUUCGUGUUUGCAGUCGUUUGUCUUACGGCCACGGUAGUAUUAAUAUGUUAUUGGAUAGGAGUGCCGUACUGGUGGAACAAAAGUCAAAAUAUGACUUACUUUCUACUUAUAGUAGGUCAUUGGCUGUUAUUAAAUGUAGCGUAUAACUUUUAUAAAGCGGCAGUAACAUCGCCGGGUGUACCACCUGAGAGAGAACUAAUAGUUGAGGCUGUAAGUAUUUGUAAGAAAUGUAUAGCACCCAAGCCACCGCGUACUCAUCACUGCUCCGUAUGUAAUAAAUGUAUUUUGAAAAUGGAUCAUCAUUGUCCUUGGCUUAACAAUUGUGUUGGCUACGGAAAUCACCGUUACUUCUACCUGUAUAUGCUAUACACUACAGUAGGAGUAUUAUUUAUAAUAGUUUUCGGUUUCGAAUUAGGCUAUAAUGUGCUUAUAGUUGGAGAUGGAGAAGGUUGGAAUGAAGUUGAACCGCUUCACGGACAUCCGGUUAGAUUUAAUCUUUCGGGUCACAUCAUUCCUGUGACGGAGAUGAAUGAUUAUUUGAGCGAUGGUUUGGAACCUGCAAAACAUGACUUGCCCAUACCUCAGGACUACAAUAGCAAUGCUAUGAAACAUCGCGCUAUAAUUUUCAUGGCUCUGAUAAACGUUGCCACGCUAUUCGCACUUGGUGCUUUAACUGCCUGGCAUAGCUCGUUGAUCACCCGUGGGGAAACUAGUAUUGAGGCGCACAUUAAUAAGUCUGAAACCAAACGGCUGCUGGCAUUAGGAAAAACCUAUCAAAAUCCAUACAAUUUUGGUCCGCGGCGAAAUUGGAAACUAUUUCUCGGUUUAGUGCGAAAACGGACUUGGUGGAGGCACGUCUUGUGGCCAUCCGGUCACAAACCGGAGGGAAAUGGACUAAGUUGGUUAACAAUAAAUGACUUUGCUGCGAUUGAUGGUGAGGACGAAGAUGAAUGGCCCUAGUGCUAAGACCAGGUAGUCAUAAAACUCGCAGUGAAUUUGAGAAUUAUGUGGAAAUUUUGAAAAGUUUGCACUAAAAUAGCAUGUUCACUGCUGUUUUGUGUGAACACUUCCUCAGAAAAAAAUAAAGUCCCUUUGAACCAUUCAAACCGUAAUAAC